ACUCGCUUUGCUGCUGCUCAGGCUAAAUACAGCGCCCGCUUGGGCUCCUCCGCUGCUACUGUCCCUGCCCCCGUUGCUGCAACCUCUGGUCGCAGCGCGCGGCCGGCGGCGCCUUCUUGCCUUCAUUUUCCACCUCUCGAGGCGGCCCUCCCUAGUAGAGAGGAGCGGACGUUUGCCCGGGGACAGGGGUGCGUCAACAUUUUCUCGCUCGGGACGUUUUGGCGUAUAUAUUGCUCUUGCCCCACCACUGGAAUCUUGCUUGUAGCCUGGGUCCUUUAUUUCGCUUGCGUUAGUUUCCGCUGCUAGGGACUACGGGUAGGUGGCCCUAGGGUCUAAGCUGGAGGAAGGUUUUGGUUUUGGGGACCAAGGUUAGGUCUUGGGGACUACGUCGCUAUCUAUGCUUCGGGCUCACCUCCUCGGGGGUCGGUUUUCUUCGCCGCCAACACUCUCUGAGGCACAGUUCUCUUGCAGCGGCAUUGUGGAAAGGCCCAGCAUGGCCGGGUCUGGUACAGUCUGGCUACUCUCCGUGGCUCCCUUGCGGGGACGAUUUUUCUUUGACUUUGUGGCCCAUGUUUCCUCUCGUCGGAGAUGGAUUUGGGGCGUGGCUACCCACUAGCCCGGUCCUGCGGUCUGAAAGGCCCACUUGUCGGGCAGGUUUCGCGUUUUGUUGCUUUUCGAGUUGGACUGGUGUGAGGAGCGUGCUGUGCCUCCUUCUGGGUGUACUUGUAGAUGCAGGAUUGGUUGCCCACGGGUGGGCAGCGGGUUUCCGGCAUAGCUAGCUUGGGCGUUGUGAUUUUCGAAGCCACUGCUAUUCAUACAUUCCAAAUGGCUGCGAUGCCUCCCCGCAGGCGGGCGCGCGGGUCUGGGUUGUUAGUUUCUUGCUCCAGCUUGUAGGAGCUAGUGAGUCCAUGCACAGUGGCGGCCUGCCCGUUACGAUGCCGCACGUUGCUCACCGUAUCAAUUCACUGCUGUACGCCUUGGGGGCGCUUGUCUUGUUAUAUUGCGUCACUUUUUUUACAACUAACUCGUAGCUAUUUUUAAAUGCAAUUGAAACCAAAGGAAAACGAAAUAUAGCAAAAGAAGCAAACAUCUAUAGACACUCGAACAUCACGAGGCACAAAUGAUUCAAAUUUUAUACCUGUUUACAGCAGAAGAUAGCAAAAGAAGUGAAGAAGUGAUUGAACAACGAACCUCAGACGUUUGUAAGAUUAUUAGUACAGGAGUACGAAUUUUUUAGAUUCCAAGAAAAUGAUAUAUACUUCGGCAAAUAGGCAGCAACAACCGACGGUUGAAGCACGAGUUGCAGCGGAGCUAUUGCUAUAACUUGAUGCGACCUGCUGUUUGAAAUGCAAAUGUAACAUCAAUUUCGAUAAAAUCCAAAGGCGAGGGGACGUCGGAGUAAACCAGUGGAGCAAUUACUGUGUCGAAACCGCCUCCCUGACGCUUACAACUCUGGGGGCUUUUUUACAACAACCCUGUAUGAAGACCAAAGAACCAUUUUUCCCGAUGUAGAAUCAAAAUGAGAAGCAGAAGGCAUAAAGGGAAAAAAAAAUGUUGAAAUGGUCGCAUCAACCAAGA